AUUUAAUUCCUGAAAGUACGGUUGUCGUCUGUCCCUCCAAGAAUUUGUCCAAGGAGGUAAACAAAGAAAAUCAAAAGCCAGUUAGCAUGGCUGGUGAGCACUUGGAGAUGGAGUCCCAGCUGAGCAUCUCUUCAGAUGAAAUAGAAGAAGGAGAAAUCAUAAGCAGUGAUGAUGAUGAAGAAAAAUCUAAACCAGAACGCACCUCUGAAAAUACAAAGAAAACAAUACCAAGAACUUCUCCUGAAACACGCAAUUUGACCCGCAAUCCACAUAAUCAACAGAGCAAAACUGUCUGUGGCAACGAAGAUAGUGGAAAGUUUGUUUCUGUGAAAUUAAGUACAAAGAAGAAUAGAGAGAGACAUAAAAACCAGACCUUCAGAUCUUCAAAGGAGAUGAAGAAAAAUAAAACUGUGAGCAUUGCUUGUCUCGAAAAAAUGGUUCAGAUUAUUACUGAACCUUCAACUGUACAAGAAAUUAUGCAAAUGCUAAGAGCAAUACGAAAACAGGUAAGGAAAAACUACAUGAAGUUCAAGGUACAUUUUCCAGUUCAACAUUUUCACAGAAUUAUAGAAUCUGCCAUUAUAAAUUUUACAUCAUUAAUAAAAUACUUAAACUUUUCCAAGAUGUCUACAUUAGGUGAUACUUUAAAAUUGAAUCUCUGUGAUACUAUAGAGUCCAAACUCAAACAAGUUAAGAAGAAUGCCAUAGUGGAUCGUCUUUUUGAACAGCAAGUGUCAGAUAUGAAGAAACAGUUAUGGAAAUUUGUAGAUGAGCAGCUUGAUUACUUAUUUGACAAGGUAAGGAGAAUUUUAAUAAAACUAUGUGAUGCAGUAAAUGUGGGAAAUGACACUGAGGAAGGGAAGUUUGAAAGAACAGGAAAACAAAAACGCAGAAUUGGUCAGAAAAACGAUGUUCAGAGGUCGCAAAAAAAAUCAUUGAAUGCCAGAUCUCAAAAGACUGAAGAAUAUAUCCUUUCUAAGACAACUGUGGAUUACCAACCACCUAAAAAGUGUCACCACGAGAAAAAUAAAACUGAUGCACCAAAAACUAUCCUUACAAAAUGUCUCAACUCUAUUGAUAACACAAGAAUUUCCCAAAGCAAAGUGCAGCCCUCUAAGGAGACUAAUUUACAAGGCGCUCUCACUCCACUGAAAAGCACAAGACAUGAAAAGGAAGGAUUUCAACUAACCAAAGAUGCUAACAAGUCUGAUCUUAGUUAUGACCUUCUCACAGAACAACAAGCAUCCAGUCUUACGUUUAAUCUUGUGAGUGAUGCUCAGAUGGGUGAAAUUUUCAAAAGUUUGUUGCAAGGUUCUGAUCUCUUGGAAAAAAGUGGCAGCAAUAUUGACAGACAUGAAUGGGAAUUCAGGACACCAGAAAAACAGCUUUUAGAAAGUCAGAAGUGCAGAAGUAAUAAUGCUGUAUUAAUUCAAGAGAUUGCACCAAAGGAGGCUUCUGUGGAUCCUCGACCUGUAGAAGAUAUUAACUGGCCUGUGGUUUCACCUCUUAGAGCUCCUUCUUUAUCAUCCAGGCUUCAAAUGUCCAUUGAUCCAAGUGUACUAGAUGAAAGCUGUAUGUUUGAGGUUCCUGCAAGUGCCACCUCAUGCAAAGAGGAUGAGUGCAGUUUACAAAAAAAUAAAUCCUUUGUUUCUUCUAUUCUCCUUGAAGAUUUGGCUGUUUCUUUAACUAUUCCAUCACCUUUGAAAUCAGAUGCUCACCUCAGCUUCCUAAAACCUGAGAAUAGCUCUGGUUCCACUCCUGAGGGUGUCCUUAGUGCCCAUUACAGUGAAGACGCGCUCCUUGAAGAGGAGGAUGCCACCGAACAGGACAUUCAUUUGGCUUUGGAAUCCGAUAACUCCAGCAGUAGAUCGAGUUGUUCCUCUUCGUGGACGAGUCGGCCUGUUGUUGCCGGCUUUCAGUGCCGCCCUAGCCUACCAAUGCAAGCGGUGAUCAUGGAGAAGUCCAACGAUCACUUCAUUGUAAAGAUCCGGCGUGCGGUGCCGUGCGCCGCACCGGCAUCGGAUCCAACGGCCUUCAUGAAGGAGGCGCGGGCCUCCUCAGCCAGGAAUGGAAGUGAAGCCCUGAGGGGUAGUGAGAAAAGGGAGAGCCAGCGAGCCACAGCAGCCACCAGGCAAGAAACUGUCCAGCCAGACCCGAGGCAGCCUGAUGAGUUGCGUUACGUCCAGGCUGCGCAAGAACAAAGUCCUGCCUCACCUCAGCCAGGGAGCGAGUCACCUGGAAAGGAAGAAACUGCUGGUUUGCUUGGGCCCUGUAGAAAAUCUGCAAGCACAAAUAGCCCUGACACAGGCAGCCCGAGUGAAGACUGUGGGAGCUCGCAGGGGCAUGAAUUUAAAGUACCUGGAAACAUAAAUGCAAUUGCUGUUAGAUCCGAAGCUGCUUUUCCCAUUGGAUGCAGUGUAGAGUCAUACAUAGACUUAACAGAUGAUAUUGUUAAUGAAAAUCCGUGUCUUGCAGUACAAUCUCCUGCAGAUAAGAGAAGUCAGGAAACUUCUACUGGAAAUGCAGAAAUUGGUGAUAAAAAGGAAGAACUGGAAGAGUGCUCUGUUGAUGCGUUUAUAGACUUAACAGAAGAGCUUUCCAAUGAGACUGUGGCAGGUGAGGGUAAUCUUGAAACAAAAUCCACUUCAAAUACUGAUGCAGGAUGCCAAAUAAACAUAGAUGAUAAAACUAGUAAAAAAAGGAAAAAAGAUUCUGCAGUAGACAAUUCUAACUCAAAAAGACAACGUAAAGAAAGCGAAUCACUGAGUGAGGGGAAUGAUGGAAAUGAUGUGAAAUCUGAAGAGAUAAAUUCAGUACCCAGACGAUCUUCCAGCAAGAAGAAUGAGUUGCCACAGAACAAAGACUCUUCUCCUUCGGCUUCAUCUGCAUCAUCACCUAGUUUGUAUGCCAAAAACAUUGUUAAAAAGAAAGGAGAAGUAGUAGUUUCCUGGACAAGAAAUGAUGACCGAGAAAUCUUACUGGAGUGUCAGAGAAAAGGACCUUCAAGCAAAACUUUUGUUUCCUUAGCAACUAGGUUAAACAAAAGCCCAAAUCAGGUUUCAGAAAGAUUCAAGCAGUUAAUGAAGCUUUUCAAGAAAUCCAAGUGCAAGUGAACUUACCUCCAAGCUGCUUUGUGGUUACCAGGUUUAGGUGUUUUCAGCAAUGAGACUACAACCACUGCAUUCAUGUGGUGGGGCUAGUGGAGGUAUCCA